CCCUCCCCAUCCCCAGGGCGUCACCCUCUCUGACCAUGGAUCUCUGGCCGGGCUUCACCGUCCCGCUGAUCCUGCUCACGGCCUUCUUGCUUCUUCUGCUGUGGAGGGGGCACGUGGCCAGGCAGAGGAACCUCCCUCCGGGCCCACGCCCGCUGCCCCUCCUGGGCAAUUUGCUGCAGUUGUGGGGACCGUCGUUGUUACAAUCUCUGCUGGAGCUCAGAGACAAGUACGGGCCCGUGUUCACCGUCUACUUGGGGCCUCAGCGGGUCGUCGUGCUGUGGGGCUACGAGGCAGUGAAGGAAGCCCUGGUGGACCAAGCGGAGGAGUUUGGUGGCCGAGAGGGGUUAGCUCUUGUGGAGAGGACCAGCAAGGGCAAUGGGCUUUUCUUCAGCAACGGGGAGACGUGGCGCCAGCUGCGCCGAUUUUCACUCACCACCCUGAGGAAUUUCGGGAUGGGGAAGAGGAGCAUCGAGGAGCGGAUCCAGGAGGAAAUCCAGUUCCUGCUGGAGGAAUUCAGGAAGACGGAAGGGACGCCCUUGGACCCCACCUUCGUGCUGCGGCGCUCCGUCUCCAACGUCAUCUGCUCCGUGGUCUUUGGGGCUCGGUUCAGCUACGAGGAUGAGGAGUUCCAGACGCUGCUCAGCCUGAUCCAGGCGAACCUCCGGCGCGUGGACACUGCCUGGGUGAAGCUCUACAAUCUCUUCCCCGCUGUCAUGGACCACCUGCCCGGCCCGCACAACCGUCUCUUCGAGAACUUUGAAGAGCAGAAGCGCUACGUGGCCGGCGUCGUCCAGAAGCACAGAGAGACCCUGGACCCGUCCUCCCCACGGGACUACACCGACGCCUUCCUCAUCCGGAUGCAGCAGGAGGAAAACGAUCCGGACACCAAAUUCCACCAUGAAAAUUUGAUUGUCUCGGCACUCGAUUUAUUUUUUGGGGGCACGGAAACGACCAGCACCACGCUGAGAUACGGGCUGUUGAUUCUGCUGAAGUACCCUCAUGUCACAGAGAGAAUUCAGGAGGAGAUUGAGCGAGUGAUCGGCCAGGACCGCACCCCCUGCAUGGAGGACAGGCCCAAGAUGCCCUACACAGAUGCUGUGAUCCACGAGAUUCAGCGGUUCGUCGAUAUCUUUCCUCUGGGCGCUCCCCACUCCGUGACACGGGACACCAAGUUCAGGGGAUACGCCAUCCCUCAGGGCACGGCCGUGUUUCCCAUCUUGCAUUCUGUCCUGCACGACCCCAUGCAUUUUGACGACCCGGAGACCUUCGACCCCGGGCAUUUCCUGGACAAGGCGGGUAGAUUUCAGAAGAACGUGGCAUUCAUGGCCUUCUCUGCAGGGAAGCGGGUGUGUCCCGGCGAGGGCCUGGCCCGCAUGGAGCUCUUCCUCUUCUUCACCUCCAUCCUGCAGAGCUUCGCCCUCAGCUUGCCCGCCCGCCCGCAGGACCUUGACACCACGCCGGAGUACCACGGCUUCAGCAAGGUGCCACGCAGGUAUCAGCUGCGGCUCGUCCCCCGGUGAACGCCAGCAGUCAUGCCGCGGCGGCCAGGCCCGGUUCCCCGGCGGCCUGCACCUUACACCGCGCGUUACACUGGUGCGAAACACUACCAGGGAGAGGCCGGAGCAUUGUGCACACGAGAAAACCAGCAGCAUGGCUGUGGAGGAUCAUGCGUGGGUGUGUGUCCCUGCCCUGGGGGCCAAGCCCUGCACAUGUGUCUGUGUGUCUGUCUGUGCACGUGUGUGCUGCCCCCUGCUGGACGGCCUGAGCCCUGCUCUGCGUGCGUGUGUCCGGGUCCCCCUGGCGGGGGUGGUGGCUCAGCCCUGCGUCCGUGUGUGCGUCUGUCUCUGCCUGGGUGUGUGUGCAAGGUGCACUAGACACAGUCGCCAUGCCCGUGGUCUGGCUGAAGCCGACUCCCCUUCGGCAAGAGAAGCAGGUGAAAUACAAUCCAGUUUCGCUGUG